UCUUUCCUCGUGACAGAGAAAGAUAAACAAAAAACAUGUGUCAUCUCUGUUGAUUACAUUUUCACGAUGUAUUUUCAAACCACUCGUAUCUCGUAUCGUUUGUAUUCUGUAUUAAAUAGUGUUAUCACUCAAAAACCCUAAAAUCCUGUAAGAUUCGUUAUGCAACGGUACUAAAUAAUAACGAAUAUUUUCACGUGUCGAUCACCCACAUGAACUUUUUUAUAUCGAAAAAUAACCUAUCGUUCGUAAAAAUACGUGAUAGAUAUGAGUGAUGAGAAGAAAUUCAAGAUAAAUGUGUAUUUUUUUAUAUUAUGGGGUUCCUUAAUGCACUUAGUUGUACUAUGGGGAGUGUUGGAUGCAAAUUUCCAUUCGCCAAUUCUGCAAGGAUUGCCAGUAACAGAAGCACCCAGAGACCCACCUGCAAAACGUGUUUUUCUCUUCGUCGCUGAUGGCUUGAGAUUCCGUACCUUUAUCCAAGAUCCCCCGCCUUAUCUCAGAAAAAUGAUGCAUCACAAAGGUGUUUGGGGUGUGUCACAUACAAGAAUGCCAACAGAAUCGAGGCCAGGUAAUGUUGCUAUAGCCGCUGGGCUUUAUGAAGAUCCUAGUGCAUUGUUCAAGGGCUGGAAAGAAAAUCCAGUGGAUUUCGAUUCUAUCUUUAACCAGAGCAGUUCUACUUGGGCCUGGGGAAGUCCCGACAUUAUACCAAUGUUUGCCAAAAGCUCCCAAAAAAUACAUGGCAAAAGUUACCCUCACGCAUGGCAAGAUUUCGAUGCAUCUGCAAAAUCUACCCUUCAAUUAGAUUCUUGGGUCUUUGAGCAUUUUUUAGAAUGGCUCAAAAGAGAUGCAAAUUCUGUCAGAGACCAACAAGGAGUCAUUCUAUUUUUUCAUCUUUUGGGCUGUGAUACUAGUGGACAUACAAACAAACCUUAUUCCAAAGAGUACAAGGAAAACAUGAAAUACGUCGAUCGUGAGAUUGAGGGAGUCGUACAAAAGACUGAAGAAUAUUUCAAAGACAACGGGACCGCUUAUGUGUUCACAUCCGAUCACGGUAUGACCGAUUGGGGAUCACAUGGCAGUGGUUCAACCGACGAGACGGAGACACCCCUGGUUGCAUGGGGUGCGGGAAUCGGCCAAAAUGAUAAGAGACACGAUAUCGAACAAGCGGAUAUCGCACCAUUUAUAUCUUCUCUUCUCGGAUUGUCAAUUCCUGUUAAUAACGAAGGAGUUUUGCCCCGAAGUUAUUUGAAAUCAGGAAAUGAAAAAUACGGUGCGUAUGCGUUACGCAGUAACGUAGUCCAGCUGAGCGUGCAAGUGAAGGCAAAUCGGCGCGUUUGCAGUGGAGAAGAUCCGAGCAACGUUCACUGGCGGGAAAAAGAAAUGGAGGAAAAAAUUUUCCAGAUGGAUCAACAUCUUUUAAAUGGAAGAAUUUCAGAAGCGAUCGAAGAGGGCGAGAAAGCAAUUGUUCUUGGCAAAGAGUCAUUAUCUUAUCACCGACGAUACCAACGGAACCGUUUCAUUUUCUACUUAACAUUAACUUGGCUUGGCUGGAUAGUCCUUCUACUCAUGAAACUCAUCAACAAAGAAAACACCCGAAUUACGGAGAGUCUUAAAAAUACUCGCCAUUAUCGUCAUCGGUUGACAAACUUGAUUUUUGUCGUCAUCGCAAUAAUUAUACUCAUCGAAGAUAAACUUUCAGGUCGUCCAGGCUGGCGAGUCCCAGGGUAUGGGAUUGCUGCUCUGGUGUCAGUAUGGCUAGCGAGUCGAAGCGUGAUAGAGUAUUCACUAUACUUUGUCAAGAAAAAAGACGCAUGGUUAUCGAUGCCAAUCAUUGGCACGGUUUUGUUGAUCGCGUCCAUGUCUGUUGGGCUCAUAUUUAGAUGGUCCUUUGCCAUUGGCAUGCUGAUCACUGCUGCGAUGCAAAAAAUUCUCAUGAGAGAAGCAACGCCUCGCUUAUGGUUGAGCGCUGUGAUACUCGCUGUAUUUCCUCUUUUGCCAGUCGUUGGACCGAAUCCUCGAAUUUACAUAGUAUUAGCGAGUUUGAGUUUUGCCGCUUUGUUUUUGGCCAUAUCAAAAACAUUGAGUAAAUUUUUGAUUGUCAUGGAACUCGCGAGGCUCGCUAUCACCAUAAUGGUUGUGUCCGGUUUCAUCGACGGUCGCAGUUAUGUUUCCUGGAUCAUUUUAAUAACUACACCUUUCUGCAUUUGCCUUUAUCGGAAAAAUCUUUACAACAGAAUCAUUGGAGUUGUUUACGGACUUUUGUGUCCCUACGCUUUACUCUCAGCCUCUUACGAACCCGUCUUUUAUCUCGUUCUCGCAACGCAUUUACUUUCCUGGCCACCGUCCGGGCCCACGGAAAAAUCUACGAAAUUCUUUGAGAACAAAUCGAUGACGUCGAGGGAUGUUACGAGGGCUGCAUUUUACAUGUUAUAUACGCUACUGUGUUUCUUUGGCACAGGUAACAUGGCGAGUAUAAGUUCGUUCGAUCCGACAUGGACGCGGCAUUUCAUAACGGUAUUUUCGCCCUUCACGAUGACGUCUCUAAUUAUUUUGAAAUUAGGAAUUCCACUUAUACUUGUGGGAUGCUCUAGUCGCGUAUUCGUAUCGUCGUCAGUUUUUCUCUCCGUACUUUUGCUCGGAGAUUGUCUUUCUCUGCCACUGAUGUAUGGAAUAACAACGCAAGGGAGUUGGCUCGACAUUGGCAGUGCGAUAAGUCGUUAUACGAUAGCAAUAACUCUACCAUGUCUUUUGUUGGUUCUUUACCACAUUUCGCAACCUCUUAUGACUUAUAAUGUACCUCAAAUGAGUUCGAGUGCAGUGGAGAAAAAAUAUCUCGUUUGACGAACGAUAAAAAUGACGCUGAAGUUUGCAACGUUGGAGACCAACGAAAUGAACGAAAAAAAAUUUGUAAUUCGCCAAUUUUUUAUUCCACGAAGUAUCGA